AUGGAGGCCAACCCUCCACUCCGAUCCAGCCUCCUGGGAGUUCUGCUGCAGGUUGGGCGGCUCUCGGCUCUGGUGGUCCGGAACCGCGUGCACUUGUACAGCUUCCUGCUGGUGAAGAUCGGCCUCUUCCGGUGUUGGGUGUUGGGGCUGGCACAGGAGGCCCGAGGCUCCUGCAGCACCCAGGCCUACCUGUUCCCGGAAGCUGACGCCUGCUCCCUGGGCCAGGCUGUGCGAGCGGGGCUGACUCUGCUAUGGGUUCCCGUGUGGCUGCUGCUGUGGUGGCUCCGGCUGCUGUGGUCAUCGGGGCUGGGCUGUGUGGGGACCCUGGGCCUUGCCCUGCAGCGCCUCGGUACCUGCGAGUGGCCGGGCCUGCCUGUGGUCACCUGGAGGGAGCUGCUUCUCACCUGUCUGCACAGCCUGAUGCUCGUGGCUUUGCUGCUGCUGCUGCUGCCCUGGAGAUUGUUCCAGAAGGUGAAGCGCUUCAGCCUGAGCUGGCUGCCUGGACAGGACUUGCUGUGGGAGCCCCUGGGGCGGAUGCAGCGGCUGUACUGGUGGGCGGAGCAUGGGGCGGCACUGGCCUCCUGGCACCUGGCCUACCUCAUCACCUGGACCACCUGCCUGGCCUCCCACCUGCUCCAGGCUGCCUUUGAACACACAGCCCAGCUGGCCGAGGCCCAAGAUGCUGACCCUCAGGAGGCUGGGGGGCCCUUACAGGAGCCCCCACUGCCUGAGGGCUCCACCCCGAAGGCCGAGCCUGCCCUGCCAGAGCCUGGAGAAUAA